AUGUAAACACUUCUUAAUUUUAUUCUAGUAUUUGAGGCCUUGAGUUAAUUUAAGAAUUAUCCCUGCUUUAGGGAAAAUAUCACCUCAUAGUACGAUUGCGAACAUUACUAUGUAGGAUAGAGUUAUUGGAAUUCAACUGCUUGUUUGAUGAAUGAAACAACAAUCAAUCCAAACACCACUGAGACAAAUAAGGAUCCAACCUAUUGUAAUUUAAUUUCAAAGACCGAAUGUGCUGAUGAUUUUAAUUGUGCUUUAAUUAAUGAUAAUUGUUUGCAUUUCACAGGAUGCAGUGCUUUCUUGAAAGAAAAAUAGGAGGAAUGCUAAUCAAUUUCAAAGAGAUGCAUUACAAAUGGCAAGUAAUGCGUUGAGAUUGGAUUAUGCGAAGAAUAUCUGACUGAAUAAGCAUGUCAAUACGAUGAAGAUGGAGACUACUGUUAUUGGGAUUCAUCAAUUCAGAAAUGCGAAACUGCUGAUACCUGUGAAUAAUACCCCAAAUUCUUGAAUACCGAUUAAUUAUGUCGAGACGAAUAAAAAACAUGCACAGUGGCAUAAUCUGGGAAAGGCUGUGUCGAAAGCAAUUCGAAAUGUUCUGAUCAAUUAUUCCAGAAUCAAUGCUUUUGGAAUCGAGAUUAAACAUAAGAAUGUUUUUGGAAUGGAACCGCCUGUGUGGAUAAGAUAUGUUAGAAUGCAUUCAGUUCACUAAUAACAGAUGAGUAAUGCACAAAGUAUCUUAAAAAAUGUACUACCAAAUUGAAUGGAGGAUGCGUAGAUAGAACUACUUGUGAUGCAGCUACAAUAAAGGAUGCAUGUAAGACAAAUGCAAAGGGUGAGUUAUGCUAUUGGGAUGGUACGAAAUGUCUGGAUAAAAUUUGCUCAAAUGCUCCCUCUACUUACAAAACAAACAGUGAAUGCGAAUCAUAUUUGGAACACUGUAUUACAAAUGGAAAUGGUUGUGUUAAUAAUGUAACCUGUGAUUCUGCAAAACUUGAAGAUGCUUGUGAAAGUGAUUUAUCGAAUAAUUAAUGUGCCUGGGUCAAUAAUCUGUGUGUAAUUGCUUAAUGUUCAUUGGCUCCUACUACUUUAACCACUAAUUUAGAUUGCUCAAGGUUUCUGACAGGUUGUGUAACUAAAAAAGAAGGAGGAUGCAUGAAAAUCAGUUAAUGUUCAGAUUACGACAUUGAAGAAGCAUGUUUAAUUGAUUUAAAUGGAGAUGAGUGUUUUUGGAAUGAUAAUGACGUAUGUGUUGAUAAAACAUGUGAAAAUGCCCCAUUGACAUUGGAAUAGCAUGAGGAUUGCUAAUUGUAUAGUGAGAAUUGCACUCUUAAUCCAAAAACAAAUUUAGGAUGUGUUGAUAUGAUUUGUGAGAAUAUCACAACAUAAUAAUUAUGUGUCACAGAUUUAAAUGAUAAUAAAUGUUUCUAUGAAGAAAAAUGUUCAAGUAAAGAGUGCACUUUAGCUACUUUGACUACUGCACUAGAAUGCAACAAAUACCUAAGUGAAUGUACAUUAAAUGAUGCAGGAAAUGGAUGUACUCUCCUUCCUUUGACUUGUCGUGGGAAUAGCAAGAAGGAGAAUUGCUAUUUCAGAUUAGAUGGAUUGUGUGGAUGGAAUAGUCAGAGCAAUGUUUGUAUUGAUAGGGAAUGUUUCACAGCAGAUGCAACUUAUAAUACGAAUGAAUAGUGUGAUACAUAUCUAAAAGGAUGUGUAGUCAGCAAUACUACAGGUUGUAUGGUAUUACCCAAAUUAUGUGAGGAUAGAAAGAAAGAGUUAAAUUGUCAUUUUGAUGAUGAUGAUUGUGUUUGGGGAUCGGAAUUGUGUCAGUCACGAUCGUGUUAUACUGCCCAAUUUGAAUUGGAUUCUAUAGACAUGACUGAAUGCAAAUAAUACAUUGAAUGUUCUCAAGAUGAAACCUAAUGUUGUAUUUUGAACAAUUAGGGUAAUAAUUGUCAAGAGAAGAGCACUUGUGAUGUGUUAGAUUAAUUAAAUUGUGUGUCUGAUGCGGCAAUAGAUGGCACAUGUGUUUGGAAUGGAGUUUAAUGCAUUAAUGCUAAUAGUCUACUAUGCACUGAUUACAUUGGACAAAAUCACAAGGAAUGCCAUGAUCUUAAAAAUACAUGUACUGUAAAUGCUAAUCAAAAUGGCUGUAUAGACCUGAAGGAAUGCGAGGAUUAUGAUAACUAAUCAUAGUGUGUAUUAAAUCUGAGAUAGUAAUUUUGUUCAUGGGAUACUGCAACUAGUACUUGUUCAUCCUACAGUUGUUCUGAUGCUCCAGAUUCUUUUUCAUAUUCGACUGAUGAAUAAUGUAGAGUUUUCUAGAGUGAUUGCACUGUUCAUUCACAUAUUGGGAAAUGCGUUGAUAAAUUUAGUACAUGUGGAGAAUAUUUGAAGAAGGAGAGUUGUUACAAGACUAUCACUUCCACUAAGAAUAAUUGCUAUUGGUAUAACAAUUAAUGCAGGAAAACAGAAACCUGUGCUGAUCUUACUUUUCUUUAAACCUUUACCACUGCUAAUUGUGAAUAAAUUCUCUAUGACUGUAAGGUUAAUGUUACAAAUGAUGGUUGUGUUUCUAAAGUCUGUACUGACUAUAAUUAUACUACUCUUGAAUAAUGCUUAAGUCUAAGCUCAUGUUCAAUUAAUAAAAGUAAAACUUAAUGCAUUCCUAUUAAGCAAUAUUGUAAUGAAUACACAGAUUAAAGUUAAUGUUAUUAUUCUAAAGAUGAAGGAUUGUGCAUGUCUUAUAAUGAUGCUUGUAAAACAAAAAAUCAUCCAUGCGAAGAGAUGACAGGAGAUGAAAUAACUUGUCCAACAUAUAGAAGAGCUUGCAUAAAAAUGCCAUUAAGUUCAAGUUGCAAGAGAAAUAUUUGCUAAUCAGAAUAAUUUCCUAGCACAAGUUUAGCUUAAUGCUAAGAUUUUGAUAGCGGCUGCACUGCAUAAAUUGAUUUAGAAUAAUGCACAGAUAUUAAAGAUAGUUGCUCAGAUUAUUACACAGAUCUUAAUCUUUGUUAUUAUUCAAAAAGGGUUAUUGUUUAAUUGUGAAGAAUAUUGAUAAAGAUACAUGUUCUGAUUUAUAAGAUAUUAAAGCUUGCAAUAAAAUAAUAUUUAAGUAUGAUGCAACUUGCGAGAGUUUAAAUAAGUCAUGCGCAGACAACCCAGAUAAAUAAACUGGCAGUCAAUGCGUUGAUAAGACAUGUAGCAAUGCUAUUAAGUCUGAAUACAACCAUUAAAUCUGUUAGGAAUGGAUGGCAGAUUGCACUUCAAACUAUGACGGAACAAAGUGUAUCAUUAUGUAAGAUAAUUGUUCAAAUUACACAGGUUCAGAAUGUGGGGAAUCAUCUAAAUCAGAAAAAUGUAAAAUGGUAGAUAAUAUAUGUGUUCCUGGGAAAUGUGAUUAAACGCCUUCCACAUACUUGGAUAAUUAAGUGUGUGAAUCUUAUUUAAGCACCUGCACAGUUGGUAGAAUAGGAGGUUGUGAGUAAAGAUAACAAACUUGCAAUCUGUAUUAACUUAAGAAAUAAUGCUAUUUUGAUAUCAAUAAUAAUAGAUGUUUUUGGAAUCCUACAUUAUUGAAUUGCGUAUAACUGAAAUGUUCAAAUAUUGAAAAAACAUCAUAAUAUUCCACUACUUAGUAAUGCAAAUCAAUUUAGUACAUUGAUUGCAUACUUGAUAAUUCAGGGAUGGGUUGUUAGGACAAUCAAUAUUAGUGUGAAUCAAUCACAUCACAGUAAUUAUGUACCAAAGAUGUUAAAGGAUAACAAUGCCAAUGGAAUGGUGAUAAGUGCUAUACUCAAACAUGUACAACUGCUCCUAUUACUUUAAAAACCCUUUAAGAGUGUUUAGCCUAUUACACAAAGGUUAAAUGCACAACUAAAAGUGGUGGCGGUUGUACAUUUCAGUUAGAUUAUUGUGAAAAUUACACUGAUUAAGGAUCAUGCAUUAUCAGCAAGAAAGGAGUGGAAUGUGGAUACGAUGAAAAAGAGAAGAAAUGUAAAGUCAAGAGUUGUUCAAUAGCACCUUUGUCAUAUACAACACACUAGUAAUGUAAUGAUUACCUGGACACUUGUACAGUACAAACUACAGGAUCUGGGUGCUAAACAAUUCCAGAUACUUGUGAGGAAAUGACUAUGAUACAAUGUGAGGUUAGUGAUUGUUAUUAUGAUAAUGAUCAAAGUAAAUGUAUUACAAAAACAUGUUAAAAUAAACCUGAUAGUAUUAGUAGUUGUUCUGAGUAUUUGAGUUAAUGUUAUCAAGAUACUAUAAAAUGUAAAUCAGCAAUUUGUGAAUACUAUUAUUAUGCAACCGAUGAAGAAUGCAGAAAUAUUAUGCCCCAUUGCACCAGCGAUGGAACUCAAUGUAUCCCUAGAAGAAAAUGCACAUAAGCAUUUUAUGAAGCUAGUUGUGUCUCUUAGCCAGAUGGACAAUUAUGUUAAUGGACCUCAAGUAAAUAAUGUUCAGUAAGAUCAUGUAGUGUUGCCCCAAAAACAUUAACCACUCAUUCUCAAUGCUAAUCUUAUCUAAAAAAUUGUACAACUCAAAAGAAUGGCGGAUGUAUUAAUUUGAUGCAAUGUAUCGAAUAUAGCAUUAAUGAAUAAUGUCAAAUUGAUACUUUAUUAAAACCAUGUGUUUGGGAUACAACUAAAAAUUGGUGUAGAAAUCAAGAAUGUCAGGACUAGUUUGGCAAUAAUCAUAAAUCUUGUUAAGCUUUCUCAAAAGAAUGCACAGCUGACUUUGUAAAGAAGGGUUACUGCAUGGAUAUACUUGAAUGUUCUGAGUAUACUAAGAAAUUGCAUUGCAUAAUUGGAACUGAUGGAAGUUGUUUAUGGGUAAAUAAUUAGUGUUAUCAAUAUUCAUAAUGUGAGGACAUCUAAUUCAAGACUCAUGAAGAAUGUCAAAAAGUCUCAAAAGAUUGCACAACUGAUGGAAAUUAAUGUGUUCCAAUUACAUUCUGUUAGGAGACUAAUACUAAUGGAGGAUGUUAUUUAGGAAUAGAUGGGGAAUGUAUUUAAAUUGUUAAAGAUGAUGUAAAUGUUUGUACAUAAUUUGAAUCUUGUAAACAAAUAGCCCUACCUUCUCAUUCUUAAUGCUAUGCAACAAAAAGUGAUUGUACCACAGAUGGUGUGACAUGUAUCACUCUUACUGAUUGUAAUAAAUAUACACUUCAAAUUUCUUGUGUCAUUAACAGUGAAGGCAGAAUAUUGUAGGAUAAAAAAGUAAUUUCAACUGGAUAGUGCGCUUGGGAUUCCUCUGCUAAUCAAUGCAGAGAUCAAGGUUGCACUGAUUUAGUAGGUACAACAAAUGAGGCAUGCGAAUCAUAACUUUAUUCCUGUACUAGUAAUGGUAAAACCUGUGUUUCGAAAUUUAAUUGCUCCAGCUUAACAAAUGAAGCAGAAUGCAAGAUUGCUAAAAGUGACGAUGGACAAUGUUUUUGGUUUAGCAAUAAAUGCGAGGUUAUUGGUUGUGCUAAUAUUGCCAAUGCCAAUUCUGUUGAAAAAUGUAAAGAAUAGAAUAGCAAAUGCACUUAUGAUGGCUAAUCCUGCAUAGCAAUAGGUAUAUGCAAGGAUUACAAAACCUAAACUUCAUGCAAUUCUAAAGGAACGGAUGGUUUUUGCUCUUGGACACCUCCUGCUUCAUCCAAUGUAACUACUACAACUGAGCGUAAUGUUUGUAAAAAGAUGGAAUCAUGCCAACAAUCCGAAUAGGAUCAAAACUCCUGUUUGUAGGUCAAAGAUUUGUGUUAUUACAAGCAAGCUACAAACACAUCCUCUAGUUAAUGCUUAGAGCACACCUGUGCAACUUAUUAUGAAUAGAAUGAUAUCUGCUAAUUCUUUUAUAAUUUUAACAAAUCAGAAAUAACAUUUUGCCAAAUCAAAAAUAAUACAUGCAUGCCAAUAGCGGAUCCUACAACUUUAAGUUAUAACGAUUGUUAUUUGCUCUCAGGUUAUACUUAUACAUUCAAUAGUCAAUAAUCAAAAUGCGAAUCUUGUCAACCACCUAGAAAAAAUGUUACUAUCACGCCGCCGAUCUUCGCUAAUAUUCUAACAUUCUUUUUGAUUGUACAAAUAAUAGUAUUUAUUUGA